UCUAAAGAAACGGUCCGAAGAUGAAAUUCCCUUUGCACUUGUUCGCGUUAACAUUCCUGCUGCUGGUAGCAGUUAGUUUUAGCAGCGAAGUACCGGUUCACGAAGAAAUUGAAGGAGAUGCAGUGAAAAGGAGGAUUUUUUGCGUGUUCGGAUCGAACAUUUGCAAUGUAGAAUGCACCGCGUUGGGAUUCAAGCGCGGCGGAGUCUGCAACAAAGGAUUUUGCAAUUGCCAUACGACGUAA